UCCCUACUGAAUGACUCGCAUCUCGGCAGAUUUGAUAUGAACCUUGAUUGAGUGAUCAGCAACAUGGACUUGGAUAUUUAAUCAUGUCCAUUAGAUAUUGGGGUCAAUGGUGUCAACCUGUGCCUGGCGAUAGUGCCAACCUCCCAUGUCCAAGGAUGGGGAAGCUAUGCAAUUUUGAAACGCUCGACUCCAAGUUAGCAAGGAUUUGUUAUGAUUCCUUGUCUCACUACGAUAAGUAGGGUGACAAUAAUUAAUGUCGACCAGCAGACUAGCUGGUGCCUAGCUUGUCACACACCCAGACAGUCACACGGUCCGCGAAUGACCCUGGGAUCAGACGACAUCGGAUACAUCAC